ACAUGUCCCAGGCGCCCUUGCGCGGAGGGCGGGGCCGGGCUCUGCGGCCGGUUGGUACUGGGGGGACCCGGCGCAUUCGGGGCGCAAUGGCCGCGUGGGGUGAUCGGCUGGCUGGUGUGCGCGGGGUGCUGCUCGACAUCUCGGGGGUGCUGUACGACAGCGGCGAGGGCGGCGGCGUCCCGAUCGCCGGCUCGGUGGAGGCGGUGGCGAGACUGAAGCGGUCCCGGCUGAAGGUGAGAUUCUGCACCAACGAGUCGCAGAAGUCCCGGGGAGAGCUGGUGGCACUGCUUCAGCGACUGGGAUUUGACAUCUCCCAGGAGGAGGUGACUGCCCCGGCACCCGCCACCUGUCAGGUCCUGAAGGAGCGAGGCCUGCGCCCUCACCUGCUCGUCCACGACGGAGUCCGCUCAGAGUUUGACCAGAUUGACCAGUCCAACCCAAACUGCGUGGUGCUGGCAGACGCCGGGGAGAGCUUUUCUUACCAGAACAUGAACAAGGCCUUCCAGACUCUCAUGGAGCUGGAGAAUCCCGUGCUCAUAUCCCUGGGAAAGGGGCGCUACUACAAGGAAACCUCGGGCCUGAUGCUGGACGUCGGAGCCUACAUGAAGGCGCUCGAGUACGCCUGUGGGAUUGAAGCCGAAGUGGUGGGCAAACCUUCUCCCAAGUUCUUCAAGUCGGCCCUGCAAGCGAUGGGAGUGGAAGCCCACCAGGCCAUCAUGAUUGGAGACGACAUCAUGGGUGACGUUGGCGGUGCCCAGCGGUGUGGAAUGAGAGCGCUGCAGGUGCGGACUGGGAAGUUCAGGCCCAGUGAUGAGUACCAUCCAGAAGUGAAGGCUGACGGGUACGUGGACAACCUUGCAGAGGCUGUGGAUCUGCUGCUGCAGCAUGCGGACAAGUGACAGCCUUCAGGGAGGGCACAGCCUCCUUCCAUUACUGUCCCUCCUCCCCCAGUACUCAGGACACCCAAGUCCCUGACAGCCCCACCCUCUGCCCUCUUUGAGGGGAAGGCCCUGCUGGGCUACCUUGCUCCUGCACCACAGCCAACCAGCCCGUUCCUCAGCCCCCCUCAGCCAUGCUUCCCUGGGCUCCUGGGCAGAGGUUUGCUCAUGACCCACAUGAUGUGCUCGCUUGCCUGGCCCUGCCAUGCCUCUGCCUUGGUGAUGUCCAAAGGGUGGGACAGACAUGCCAGGCCUCCAGAGAGUGAAAGUCCUCUGAGCAGGGCUGGAGGCUCUCUCUGGGGUUGUCCUGGAUUCAUUCAUGCACCAUUCACACCUGGUCAUUGAGUGCAGUGAGCUCCACCUAGCUGGGUGUAGAGGAUGUUGCCCCUUCACCAGGCUCUCUGCAGCCAAGUGAGGAGCCUGGAGAAAAAACAGGGGCCUCCUGGGCACAUCAAGCAGCUCAGAGCCGAACCAGCCUGCCUAGGCCUGCUGGGCACCCCACCUGCAAGUCACACUGCAGAUAGGCUGGGGGUAGCUCCCAGGGGCACUUUGAAGGGCACCAUACUACAGAGGUUAAGGUUGCAUACAUAGAGGGUACUCUGGACCAGACUAGACAGAAUGAACUAACGGCUCAAUAAACUUGGCCUUGAAUAGCAGCCUUUGACUCAGGCUUUGACUACCACAAAGAGCCCUGUGGGGAGAGGGUGGGUGCCUGGGUGGAGUCUCAUGCACUAUCCCUGGUCCUGCCCUGAGCUGGAGCCACUGAAUGUCAGAGGGGCAAAGGCUGCUAUGAAACCCUUCACCUGUUCUUACCCCUUUAACAGAUGAGGAAACUGAGGCUCAGAGGGGACAGUGAGCUGUCCUUAGCCACACCUGGGAGAAGAUAGGCCAGAGAAAACUCUAGUAAUGCCUUCCAAAUUAGUUCCUUCUACAUUGCUGCAAUAGAAUAUCUCAGGCAGGCUUACUUUUAUAUAAGAAAAGAGGUUUAUUUAGCUCAGUUUGGGAGCCUCAAUGACAUACUAUUGGCAUCAGCUAGGCUCUGGUAAGGACCUCUUACUAUCUUGGCAGGAGCAUGUUCAGGACCACGAGGAGGUCACAUGGAAGGAAGCUAGAGAGAUCAGGAUUCCAUAAUCCCUUCCAAGGCCAUGCCCACAAUUGGCCUAAGGACCACCCACUAGGCCCCAAUUUUAAAGGCCCUAAUACCACCCACUAGGGAUCAGGCUGUCAACAAGGAAUCUUUGAGGAAAACUCAAAUAUCUCAAUCACAGCCUUUACUCAGAGCAGCCUGAGGCUGGUGGUGGAGAGAGCCCUGUUCAGACCRGGGGAGCAAGCCUCCCCACAAAGCCUCCAGGACAAAUUCACUCUUAAACUAAGUUUCAGGUUUCAAAAUCAAUAAGCUGAGUGGGUAACUUGAUUGUUGUUUCUCCCCCAAUCAAUUCAGAAGCCAGUGAUAAAUCUCGGGAGAUGACUUCAAAUAAGAGAAGCGAGGGAUCCCCAUAAGAGGACUUGCGUUAGACAAAGGCAGACAGUGACCAAGCAUAGCAACCAGAAACGGGAGCCCKAGUCUCCGGCACAGCAGCUGGGAGCCCAGGGCCUUGCCCAGCAGGCUGGCAACCAUUCAGUCAGGAUCAGAAGAUGGUGGCAGAGUCUUUUCAAGAUGAGAGGCCACUGGCCAGGGCAGUGUCACUGGCAUUUGAGGAGGGCCUUUGUACUUUUAGUUGGAAAGUCCGCAGUCAGCCGGCUCCCUGCUGGAGCCCCCAUGGCCACCUGUCAGAGUGGGAGGAGGCCAGCAGCGGGAGGGCGAGCGUGGGCUGGGCCUGCAGCAUGCUGUGAACACAUUCUGUGGAGUUUGGGUUUCCUCUUCUCUCAUUCUCAGGGCCUGGCCUCGCCUGCUCUCCUUGGUAGGAAUUUGCAGUCCGGGCAGCGCCCUCUGGAGAAGGGAGGCUGGUCUGUCUUACCGCCAGCCGAGCCUCUUUCAAGUCGCUGCCCAGGAGUGGGGUGCAGAGAACAACCACCCGUGGGGCUGCAGUAGGCAAGAAGUGGUGUUGUCACUACCAUCAUUUUCCAGAUAAGGCAGCCGAGGUACAGAGGAUGAAGUGACAAGCCCGAGGGCCAGCAAAAGAGGCACAGUGGAGACUGGAGCUCCAAUCAAGGCCUGGCUCCUCGUCCCAUGCCAUUUCUGGUGAUUUCUCAAGUGCUACCCCCACUCUUCCUGAAAUUCUCCCGUGGGGAUGGCCUGUGGUGACCCCAGGGCUGAUUUUCCAGCAGAGCCUGUGCAUGGGUAUCUUCUCUCUCCAGAUGAACAAUUCUGGGGGUUGGGGUUCAGUGCUACCUGUGGGGAAUCAUGUAGCCCUGAGCCUCGGUUACCUCAUCUGUUAAAUCCCUCACAGGAUUUACCAUCCCCUCUGGAGCAGAUGGCCCCUUGUCCCGCUGCUUAAACGUGACAAUGCUGCCCAGAAAUGACGAGUGACCCCCCCCCCCUUGGGUCCCUUCAGCUGCUCAUAGUUACCAGCCUUGGGGGUGAAGCAAGGGGGCCUGGCCCUGGCUACUGCAGGCCCUCCCUCUAUUGCCCCCGCCCAGCAGAUGGGUCAGGCAGGCAGAAAGCCUCCUACAUGCUCAUCUUAGGACAGAAGUGGGGCCAGGAGAGCCAGCAAGAGCUCAUGGUUCACCUCCCAUUCCAGCGUGACUGGCAACAGCUUCUCCUCUCUGGAAAUGAAUAUACUGGGCACUUUGCAUUAUCUCUCUUGAGUUUUGACUUUUUAGAUUAUAGAUUUCUUAUAAUAUGUAUUGUUUCUAACAGAAAAGCAUAAAAGAAACCAUAAACCACCUGGAGCCUGGCCACUGUCCCAGCGGGCAUUUCCUCCAGCCAGCCGUCCAUACUCUGUCCAGUGCAGCAGGGGUUCUCAUACUUUUUCAAGGUUGAGAAGCCUGCUCAAAAGGUGGGCACACACCAUGUCCCAUCAAUGGACCUUACAUCAGGUGUAUCUAUGCGCUGGCCUGGCUUGGGGACUGCAGAGGGGUAAGGCCCCGAUGCCAAAGCAGAGGGUGGAGCUGCUACCCUGUGAGUCCUAGAGCCUGUGCGGGGGCGGUGUCCCAGUCUAAGCAAACUGUGAGGUUCAGAAGAUGGCCCCGGGGGAGGCUCUACGGUAGAGAGUGGGGCAGCCAUAGAUGGGCUGAGCUAAGCUGGAGUAAGGUGAGUGUUGUGUUAUAGAGAGUGACCACACUUGUCCUCAAGGCUGCCGACACCCUGAAUCUCCUAAGCUUGGUUACCUGGUCUGAGAGGCCAGGCAGAGGACUGGGUGCCCACACUGGGCUGAGCAGCAGAGGCCUGAGCCCUACAAGCCGUUGAUGAGAGCAGAGGCCCUCGGCUAGAAGCCCAGCCUGUGCACUCCUGGGCUACCCUGCUGGUCAGAGGCAGACUGGCCACACAGGGUGCUGCAGAGUCCAGGCCAGGUCAGACUGGAGGCUCCAUGGUGGCAAGGCCCAAUGCACAUUGCUGGCACCCCUGCCUCUCAGCAAGGUUGGAACUACCGAGGGCUGUCUCCCCUCUACCCGCCCAGCUCUGUGGCUCCUGGCUGGACUUGUCUACCUCCAAACAUGCACACACACACUGCUCUGGUGCUAGCCCACCAGAGAGCCUGCAGCCCUGCUCCACUAAUUCUCCYAGAGUGGUCCUGCACUGGGACCCCUCCUUGGCUGUGUGACAGAUCCCAACUCUGAAGCGUGGAGGGAAGAGAAGGGAACAGCCCAUGCCCUGGAGAGCAUGGAGCUAAUGCUCUGUGGCAGAGGGAAGGAGGGCCUACCCGUUCUCCACACCCAAAAGAAACUACACAGCURUGCCCAGGCAGUUGGGUAUGAACCAGGAAGCUUUAUUUACACAGUAAAAGUAACAAGCAAAUUCCUGAGACUAGAGCGGCUCUAGUGCAAGACAGUUAUGGCCUGCGCAGGGAGGACAGGCUGCGGUGGGUGGCGGUGGGGGACAGACCCAGCACCCUCUGCACACUGUGGCCUUGCCCCAGCAGGGGCCUGGCCCAGCAAUCCACUGGUUGCCACACUUCCUGAAGCUCUGCAACACCAACACCGCGGGG